AUGGCUGAGCCGCUGCUGCAUCCCACCCGGCUGUGGGGAGCGGGACCCCCAGCACUGCCCUCUCCUGCAGGCACUGCCGCAGCCUCCAGUUUCUCCUGCUGGAAGUCGUGUGGCUCCCGCUCCUUCAGAUGCUCCUGGGCACCCCUCGGGCCCGCUGGCAACACCUCCUACCUCCUGACACUCUGCUACGUGACGCCCAGGCGGUGCCAGCAGUUCGAGGUGGGCUCCAGCACCUCGUACUCCCUGAUGCAUCGGCAAGUCUACGUCCUCACCAACGCCACGGCCUGGGUGGAGGCCCGCUGGGGGGGCCACAGGACCCCCAACCUCACGCUGUACCUUGACAAGGCUGUGAAGCCGGAUCCGCCUCGCACCGGGCUGCCCUUCAGCAGGAGCGGCGGGCGGCUGCGGCUCCGCGUGCCGUGGGCACCGUGUCGCCCCGGGGACCGGCCGCCGCGGCGGGAGGCUCGGUUCCGGAGCAGGGCUGAGCACCACUGGACUCAGGUGAUGUGUGAGACGGUGAGGGAUGAGGAUGACUCAGUGACCUGCACCCUGGGGGCACACGGUGCCUUUGAGGUCCAGCUCCGGCACAAACCCCCACACUGGAGCAGCUACUGGAGUGACUGGAGCAGCUCCAUCUUUGUUCCUGAGGAAAUCCUGGAGAGCCCUGCCCUGAGCUACCAGCUGGGACAACUGGGCAGAGAUGGGCAGCGGGUGCUGAGGCUGGGCUGGCAGCAAGCCCCUGAGGAGCAAGGGAACGUCACCUACACGCUGCGUGCCCGCAUGGCGGCGUGCCGCUGUGCUGAGCUGCCCAAGGAGGACGCUGUGGUGCUGGGGAGGGAGGUGACAGCUCACAACCUCACCCUCUCCGGGGCAGAGUACGAAAUCCUGCUGACGGCUGCCAACGCUGUUGGGCCGGGGCCGGCGCGGCAGCUCCUGGUGCCAGCAGAGCACCAUGCAGGUACCUGCCCCACGGGAAGGGAUGCUGGCCAUCCCUCACACCCCUUGUUUCAUCCAGAUUUUGGCUUCAAGGACAUCAGCGUGGCCGGCAGCGCCGUGACGGCGCAGUGGGAAGCACCGAGCCCCGGCUCCAUCUACUGCUUCGAGCAGCAGCUGCUGCAGGAAGCCCCAAACCAGGGCAACUGCACCCCAGGGGACUUCCCUGCCCAGAGCAUCCAUGAGGAGAGAGGAGUGUUGGCAGUGCCGGGCUGUUACCGCCUGGCCGUGCACGGCUGGGCCCCGGCGCGGGGCUGGGCCACCUUGGCCCUGCGGCACCACUACGCCAGCAACGCUUCUCUGGCCGUGCCCAUCCGCAUCAACGCCAGCGCCGGCGAUGCCGCCGUCACCCUGCGCUGGAGCCCGUCCCCCCGCGCCGCCUGUCCCGGGGCACUGGCCAAGUACCUCAUCUGUCACGCAGCCGAGGGGGACAGAGUGACGUAUGGUGAAGCAGCCGCCGUGGCAUCACACUACACCCUCCCGGCCCUCCGGCCCGGCACAGCCUACAGGGUGGGCGUGUGGGAGGUGACGGCGCAGAGCAGGGGCACCUGCAGUGCCCGCUGGCACUUCCAGACCGAGGCACUGGUUUCCCAGGGAGCAGCAUGGAAAUCCAACCUGAAGUACAUGGGCAUCUUUCUCUGUCUCCCCAUCCUGGCUGCUGUCUACCAGCUGAACAAAAAGAGGACUCGCCACCUCCUUUUCCCACCCCUGCCCAAACCCGUGGGCAGCAAAGCCAUCCAGUUUGCCACCAGUGAAGUGAGCCAGGUGAGAUGUAAGCCCUGGCUGGGCUUCGUGGAGCCCUCGGAGAGAUUCAGCCCAGCAGAGCUGCUAAUGACAGAGCCGAAUCCCAGCAAGGAGACGACCGGCAGCAGCACAUGGCCUGGCACACGUUCUGGCACACCACAGCCCGCCGGUGCUGUGGCUGACAAGCUGGCAGUGCUGUGCCCACCAUGCUGCCAGGAGCUGCCCUUUGCCUACCGCAGGCAGGAGCUGCUGAGCCCAGUGGGGUCUACACUGCCAGUCAGCACCAGCCACCCACCCAGUGAGGAGGAAGAGGAGGAGGAGGAGGAGGAGGAGGAGGGGAGGCAGGGAGUGCAGCAGCCGCUGAUCCCCAUUGCCUUGCUCAUCUCUGACAAACCUGUCAUCAUCAGGGACGUACCUCCAGAGAAGUUGGUGCUGUAGCCGUGACCAGAGUGGGGGCAGUGGGGAUGG